AUGACUGGAAGUAGUACGAUCGCCAGGAAAGGUCCGGCAAUCUUGGCGACCUGGGGCAGGCGAUGCGACAGACUCCUGUUCAUGACUAGUGGCGAAGACAGGACAAACCUUUCAGGUCGAGUAUCGCUGCCGGGUGUGACAGAGGGACGUCCUGCUCUGGUGGCGAAGUCUCGCGAAGCGUGGAAGUACGUGCACGAGAAGUACCGAUGGUCAUAUGACUGGUUCUAUAAGUGUGAUGACGACACCUAUACGGUGGUGGAGAAUCUCAAGUUCAUGCUGUACACAACAAAUACCACGCAGCCACGUUACUUGGGCAAACAUCUACAGAGUGGAGGUAUUGAGUGGCUAUCUGGCGGUGCUGGUUAUGUCCUCAACAGAGCAGCCCUGGGCAAACUGAACGAGCAAAUUGGAAAAGGCUGUAUGACGAACGCUCGUAUAGAGAACGAGGACAUGCUGGUAUCUAUCUGCCUGAAAUCAGCUGGAGUCGCCAUCUCAGACAGCCGGGACGCAGCAAGGAGCCGGUUCUUGCCCCUCAGUCCAGAGCUGCACCUCACACCUGGCGCUGUGGCCAGUUCUGCGUACAAAUGGGUGCUGCAGUACUCUGGCAUGGCGGUGGGUCAACGAAAAUCAGUUGAUCCCGUUCAACUCGGUGGUAACAGCAGGAUUGACAUGGUGGACGGGUUCCGGUACCUUGGCAGUGUGCUCUCUGCUGACGGAACGGUGGAUGCGGACCUCGCUGCUCGUUUGGCGUAUGCGUCCAGGCCGUUCGGCGUGCUCUGGUCUCCGAUAUUUCAGUGCGUACAUCUCUCGGUCCACACCAAGCGGCUGGUGUAUCGUGCUAUUGUCCUUUCUGCUCUUCUCUACGGUGCGGAGACAUGGCCCAUCAAAGUGGGUCAUAUUCACCGAUUCAACACCUUUCACCAACAGUGUAUUCGCACAAUUCUCGGUAUCUCUCGUCGUGAGCAAUGGGAGGAGAGAUUGUCGUCAGCAUCGCUGAGUGAGCUGGCAGAGGUGGAGGAGAGGUUGCCGUCGGCCUCGCUGAGUGAGCUGGCAGGGGUGGACGCCGACAUGGCCGAUGUGAUCAUGAAGUAG